ACUGUAUCUGCGGCGAUUCUGGAAUGUUUAUCCAGUGUUCAGAUUUCCUGUUUGAGUGUUUGGAUUUCCUGAAAUCCUGGCUAUCAACCCAAGAGCUGCCCCGCGAGCAGACUCUUUUUUUUGUUCGUGUGGCUCACAUGGUUGGCUUUCCUUCCUGCUCUCUUCCCAGUCGUAGUGCCUGUGUCUCCUCACCGCUCAGGGCAUUCAUGGAUGCAAACCAAAACUUCUAACCUCCAGAACUCGGUGGAUCCCCCUCCAUUGGAUUGCACUGGAUUGGAUUUUUUUCUUCUGACUGGGAUUAAUAACUGAAGAAACAUGGUCUCUUUCAGCUACUUGUGGGAGAAUAGAUUCUAGCCUAAGAUGGAAUAAUGGCCUUAGGUUUGAGAAGCAAAUCUGGAAUGGGAAUUCAAACCACACAAUUCCUGGUAAUUUUCUUGUGGUGACAGAUGAGACAUGAGAUCUUCAGCCUCCAGGCUUUCAAGUUUUUCUUCAAGAGAUUCAUUAUGGAAUCGGACCAUGCCGGACCAGAUCAGCGUGUGCGAGUUCAUCGCCGAGACCACGGAGGACUACAACUCGCCCACCACGUCCAGCUUCACCACGCGCCUGCAGAACUGCCGCAACACCGUCACGCUGCUGGAGGAGGCAUUGGAUCAAGACAGAACUGCACUACAGAAAGUGAAAAAAUCUGUAAAAGCAAUAUAUAAUUCUGGGCAAGAUCAUGUUCAAAAUGAAGAGAACUACGCACAAGUACUAGAUAAAUUUGGAAGUAAUUUUUUAAGUCGGGAUAACCCAGAUCUUGGCACUGCUUUUGUAAAAUUUUCAACGCUUACUAAGGAAUUAUCAACGCUGCUGAAAAACCUGCUGCAGGGUUUAAGCCACAAUGUUAUCUUCACUUUGGAUUCUCUUUUGAAAGGAGACUUGAAAGGAGUUAAAGGGGAUCUUAAAAAGCCAUUUGACAAAGCCUGGAAGGAUUAUGAGACCAAAUUUACAAAAAUUGAAAAGGAAAAAAGAGAGCAUGCAAAACAGCAUGGGAUGAUAAGAACAGAGAUAACAGGAGCUGAGAUAGCGGAAGAAAUGGAGAAGGAAAGGCGGUUAUUUCAGCUCCAGAUGUGUGAAUAUCUCAUUAAGGUUAAUGAAAUCAAGACAAAAAAAGGUGUGGACCUUCUACAGAAUCUUAUCAAGUAUUAUCACGCACAAUGCAAUUUUUUCCAAGAUGGCUUGAAAACAGCUGAUAAACUGAAACAAUAUAUUGAAAAAUUGGCUGCUGAUUUAUAUAAUAUAAAGCAGACACAAGAUGAAGAAAAGAAACAGCUUACUGCCCUCCGAGACUUGAUAAAAUCCUCUCUCCAGCUUGAUCAGAAAGAGUCUAGGAGAGAUUCCCAAAGCAGGCAAGGAGGAUACAGUAUGCAUCAGCUUCAGGGAAAUAAGGAGUAUGGUAGUGAGAAGAAAGGUUAUCUCUUAAAGAAGAGUGAUGGGUUAAGGAAGGUGUGGCAAAGAAGGAAGUGCACUGUCAAAAAUGGAAUUCUUACCAUAUCACAUGCAACAUCCAACAGGCAGCCUGCUAAACUGAAUCUACUAACCUGCCAAGUGAAGCCAAAUGCUGAAGAUAAGAAGUCUUUCGAUCUGAUAUCACAUAACAGAACAUACCAUUUCCAGGCAGAAGAUGAACAGGAGUAUAUAGCAUGGAUAUCAGUGUUGACUAACAGCAAAGAAGAAGCUUUAAACAUGGCAUUCCGUGGAGAGCAGAGCACUGGGGAAAACAGUUUAGAGGAUCUAACAAAAGCCAUUAUUGAUGACAUACAGAGGUUACCUGGAAAUGAAGUCUGCUGUGAUUGUGGAUCACCAGAUCCAACGUGGUUAUCAACUAAUCUGGGCAUUUUAACAUGUAUAGAGUGUUCUGGAAUACAUAGAGAAAUGGGUGUUCAUAUCUCCCGAAUUCAGUCUUUGGAAUUAGACAAAUUAGGAACAUCUGAACUCUUGCUGGCCAAGAAUGUAGGAAAUAAUAGUUUUAAUGAUAUUAUGGAAGGGAAUUUACCUAGUCCUUCGCCUAAACCCACUCCAUCAAGUGAUAUGACGGCACGUAAAGAAUAUAUCACUGCUAAGUAUGUAGACCAUAAGUUUUCUAGAAAGACUUGUGCAUCUGCAGCAGCUAAACUGAAUGAACUACUUGAGGCUGUCAGAUCCAGGGAUUUACUUGCACUAAUUCAAGUCUAUGCAGAGGGAGUAGAGCUAAUGGAGCCGCUCUUAGAGCCCGGACAGGAGCCAGGUGAAACAGCACUUCAUUUAGCAGUCCGGACUGCUGACCAAACCUCUCUCCAUCUGGUUGACUUCCUUGUACAAAACUGUGGAAACCUGGAUAAACAGACUGCAUUGGGGAAUACGGUUCUACACUACUGCAGUAUAUAUAAUAAGCCUGAGUGUCUGAAGUUGCUUCUGAGGGGCAAGCCAACUGUUGAUAUAGUAAAUCAAGCGGGAGAGACAGCUCUGGAUACGGCAAAGAGGCUGAAAGCUAUCCAAUGUGAAGAACUGCUUUCCCAAGCCAAGUCAGGAAAGCUAAAUCCACACGUACAUGUAGAAUACGAGUGGAACCUUCGGCAGGAAGAAAUUGAUGAAAGUGAUGAUGAUUUAGAUGACAAGCCUAGUCCUAUAAAAAAAGAACGUUCUCCAAGACCCCAGAGCUUUUGUCACUCUUCCAGUCUUUCUCCACAAGACAAAAUGUCUCUGCCUGGAUUUAGUACUCCUAGAGACAAACAAAGACUCUCCUAUGGAGCCUUUACCAAUCAGAUUUUUGUCUCUACAAGCACCGAUUCACCAACCUCUCCAACAGCAGAUGCUCCUCCUCUCCCUCCUAGAAAUGCUGGAAAAGUACCGGUCCUACCAUUAGCUGGAAUAUUGGUUCUUCCAUUUCUCUCAUUCAGUGGUCCACCUUCGACACUCCCUCUAAACACUCAAACCUCUAGUGGCAGCUCCACUCUUUCCAAGAAGAGACCACCUCCCCCACCCCCUGGACACAAAAGAACCCUCUCCGACCCACCAAGCCCACUACCUCACGGACCCCAGAAUAAGGGCCCAAUUCCUUGGGGUAAUGAUUUGGGCCCAUCUUCGACUAAGACUGCAAACAAGUUUGAGGGGAUGUCUCAGCAAUCAAGCACUGGGACUGCAAAGACUGCACUUGGACCAAGAGUUCUUCCUAAACUACCUCAGAAAGUGGCACUAAGAAAAAUAGAAACCAGUCAUCAUCUUUCAAUAGAUAAACCGAGUCCGCAUGCAGAAAUCUUCCUGAAGUCUUCGCAGUCUAUCGAUCUGCCACAGAAACCACAACCUGGAGACUUGCCCCCAAAGUCUCAACCUGUGGAACAAACCCAGAAACCUCAAAUUGGAGAUUUACCCCCCAAACCAGGAGAGCUCCCCCCAAAACCUCAACUAGGAGACUUGCCACCAAAACCACAACUUGGAGACUUACCUCCAAAGCCACAAAUGAAGGACCUUCCUCCCAAACCUCAGCUAGGAGAGGUGUUGGCUAAAACUCAAGCCAGAGAAGCAUCUCCAAAGCCUCCACCCACUGAGACCAAUCAGAAAUCUCACUCCUUGGAUCUGUCUCCAAACGCACAGUCUAGAGACGCCGUCCAAAAACAACCAUCUGAAGAUGCUAAUGACAUAGCGCACAGCCUCCCAGAGACCCCCGUGCCGCUCCCCAGGAAAAUAAACAUGGGGAAAAACAAAGUCAGAAGAGUAAAGACCAUUUAUGACUGCCAAGCAGAUAAUGAUGAUGAGCUUACCUUUGUUGAAGGAGAAGUAAUUAUUGUAACUGGUGAAGAGGACCAAGAGUGGUGGAUUGGCCACAUCGAAGGACAGCCGGAGAGGAAAGGAGUCUUCCCUGUGUCCUUUGUGCACAUUCUGUCAGACUAAUAAACAUACAAAACUUGAGCAUUGCACAUCCUUCACGCAAGACGGGCUUUUUAGCAAAAGCAAACAGCUGCUGCCUCCCUGUAAUCCUGUGCACAACUGUAUAUAUAGCUGCUGUUACAAAAUAAGAAUUCAUUUAAGGUCAACCUCAUGAGGUGAAUUAUCCGCAUUGUAAAUAUACCGUGUUAUUCUGCCUUUGCCAGUAUUAUGGUAGCCUUGGAACCUGGCACGCCUUAUUGGGUUUGUUGAAGCCAUCCUUGGCAUCUAGCACUUACAUCUCUGUCCAUGCUGUUAAAAUCGUGUACAAACUGCCAGCUUUCCAAAUAUAGGUGGUUUCAAUCACCCAUGUAACUGUAUAGAAAUGACUGUUCCUAACAAACUCCGUAUUUUCAAUUAUAUGAUUAGAAAGUUAGAUUCUGUUUUCAAAGUGAAUGGUUUGGGCCCUUUAAAGACCAGUCUAGAGUUUUUAAGUGUACACCAUUUACAGCUAUGAAACCCACUUUGGUAUUUAUUAAAUGAAGUGUUCAGUUAAGUGUUAUUAUAAAAACAGCAACAGAAAUAUUCACUGACUUUACAGACAGCAGUAGCAUUUCUGGGUGCGCAUCCAGCAU